AUGGUAUUACGAUUAUUGUCAAAAGGGAGGUUAUUUUUAUGGAUUAUUAGUAUAAUACUUUUAGUGAGCUUAAUUUGUACCUAUAUAAACAAUGUACCAGAAAAUAACGACUCUGUAGGUCGCUGCAUGUCCGAAUUAACGUCGAUAAAAUAUCAACUAAAUGUGGUUACAGAAUAUAAAAACCGUAUUGAUCGACUGUUAACAGAAACACAAAAAGCUCAUGAAGGUGACAAGGAGCGAUUCAAAGAUGUUAUGGAAAGUUGUUUAGCUAUGAAACAACAAACUGUAAUAUGUCAGAGCCAAUUCGAGGAUCUCCAAGGAGAAUGUAAAAAAGUAAAAGAGGACUUUGAUAAAUUAAGGACAGACUUAGAGAAGCCUAAAGCAGUCUGA